UAAACAUAAACAAAUUGAAACUAAACAAAACAGGAAGGGGAAACUAAAAAAGAAGUUUCUUUGAGCAGUUGAGAGAAGAGGUGUGAAAUCAUGCCUCGAUCUAACAGAAGUCGCAGCAGUGGGCGAGAGUCCCACAGAAGUAGGACGCGGAGUCGACAUCGAUCUUCUUCACGCAGGAUCAGUAGACGAAAACUAAAAGAGAAAAACUUCUGGUCCGCCUUGUGUAGUAUGGUGGCCAUAGUUAUAAUGUGUACCUCCCUAGCCGAGCCCCGAUGGAUCUCCUUACACGGGGGUGGCUGUAGAUUGAGGGACUGUGUCUCCCUGGAUCACAUAGGAGCUUACCAGUUCUUCUAUGCGGGACGCUUCCUGGAGACUUACAAUUUAAAUUGUGCUACUGGCAAUUCUGUGACCCAUAUUCUGUACCAGUACGGAGAUGACACAUCAAGUACUAUGGACAACUGUGUGACUCAUAAAGCAGUGAGUCUGAUGAAGACCAUUAUCUCCUUCACAUUCCUGGCUCUGUUGUGUACACUGUGUGCCUUUAUAUUAGAUCUUGUGGGUCCUACACAGCGGUCACUGAAGAUUAUACACAGAAAUGCCAUCCUCAAUAUCAUAGCAGUGAUUCUUUGUGUGAUUAUAGACCUGUUCUGUUACUGGCUUGUGACGGAGGUCCUCUUCCUUCAGAAAAUGACAAAACUUCACACAGGAAGUAAAGUGACUGUGACCUUUGACAUCAGCUUCUACUUGAUAGCCGCAGCGGGUGGCAUGGGAGUGUUUGCUACGGCAUUAAACUGUUUACGGAGAUACCCAGUGUAUGAAGAUGAUCAGGCCAAUGCUCUGUUAGAGGAACAUGCAUAUGACUGUGUACAUCCUGACCCAGGAACCGGUCCCCCGGACCACCACCCCCCUCCCCCUCCUUACUCGGCAUAAUUAACUCAUGUUGUUGUUUUUGGUUAAAUUUAUUUAAAUUAACAAACAUCUACAUGUAAACUGUAGGAGGAUCUAUGUUCUCUCUAAAGCAUUGUAAAAAAAAAAAUUGCAAGUAUACAACAUAUUUUGAUCUGAAUGACACUAAUUUAGUCUCUUCACUUACAGAGAUGAAACAUAGUGAAAAAAAGUAAUCUGUUGAAUGUAUUACAAAACUUUCAGAUAAACUUUUGAGUGAUCAAGACAUUGCAGAUCAUUUCAUUUAGAACUAAAACCAUUUGGAUUAAGGAUUGAGGCAAAAUUGUUUGUAUUUCAGCAAAAUGACUGUAUUAUUGAAAAAAUUGCAAACUUUUUUAUGCAAGUCAUUGUUUUGUUGUAAGUUUAUAAGAUGUUUUUAAUCUAUUAUUGUAUUUUAUCUUUACAUUAGAAAUGCGUUGAACUCACUUGAGCCAAAAGAUAAGUAUAGUGUAUCCUGUCAGCUGAAUUUCAUUUCCAGAAUUUUUAGAAAUAUUCACCUUUUCAUUUUUGACAUUUUAUAAAUAUCAUUUCUGACAUUUUAAAGUUUUCAAUUCAGACAUUUAUCACACAGCAUUUAUCUGGCAAUAAAAACAGAAUUAGACUUCCUCAAUAAAAAAUUUCGAAAAUAAAUAUUCCAUCUUAUCUAAUUUAAAUUCAAUACAGUCUCUGAUUAUUCAGUGGACAUUUUGUAGGCAAAAAUUGCAUGUUCAUUUAACUCAUGCAAAUCUUUUAAACUAGACAUACAUGUAUAUACAGUAAA